CCAUUUAUGUGUGCAAGCCGCUGCUGUUAUUCGCAUUAAUAAAUAUAAUAAAUUUUUCGAGUAAAUUCCCGAUAAAUUGCCCGUAAUUGUGCGAAUCCGCAAGCUAUUCACUGUAGUUUUUGCGUGCUAGAUGUCUUUGAAACGCUCAAGCGAGGACCAGCCACCAAACAAGAAGCCGAGAAUAAUGGCGAACAAUGGAGAAAAUAAUACCACACAAGAAAUCGAUGAGAGCCUUUAUUCGCGGCAGUUGUACGUGUUGGGGCACGAUGCGAUGCGUCGCAUGGCAGCGAGCGACGUCCUGAUUUCCGGAUUGGGCGGUUUGGGCGUCGAAAUUGCGAAAAAUGUCAUUUUGGGUGGCGUUAGAUCAGUGACAUUGCAUGAUUCAGCGCUUUGCAGUCUCGCCGAUUUGUCGUCGCAGUUCUACUUGAGUCCCGAGAAAAUCGGGCAAAAUCGCGCGGAGGCGUGCUGCCAGCAACUUUCGGAACUCAACAAUUAUGUGCCUACGCGUUCCUACACGGGCGACUUGACGGAGGACUUUUUGCGAAAAUUCCGUGUUGUCGUCCUGACUUCGACGUCGGCCACGGAGCAAAAGCGCAUCGCCGAAAUCACACACAAACACAACAUCGCCCUCAUCACGGCCGACACGAAGGGCUUGUUUGCCCAAAUUUUCUGCGAUUUCGGCACAGAUUUCACCAUCAUCGAUACCACAGGCGCUAAUCCCCUCUCCGCCAUGGUAGCGAGCAUCACGAAAGAUGCGGACGGCGUCGUUACGUGUCUCGACGAGAAUCGCCAUGGCUUCGAAGACGGCGAUUAUGUGACUUUUUGCGAAAUUGACGGCAUGACGGAGCUCAAUGGAUGCGAACCACGCAAAAUUAAGGUUCACGGCCCGUAUACCUUCAGCAUUGGCGAUACUUCGACCUUCAGUACUUACAUUCGCGGCGGUAUCGUGACACAAGUGAAAAUGCCCAAAACAGUUUCCUUCAAGUCGUUGCAAGAAGCGGAAAAUUCCCCGACUUUUGUUGACUUUGAUUUCGGCAAAUUUGAUCAUCCGGCGCAAAUUCAACUCGCUUUUACGGCUUUUCAUCGCUUUGUCGAGCGCCAUGGACGAGCUCCGCGUCAAUGGAAUGCCGAAGAUGCCCAACUUUUCCUGGAUGUGUGCAAGGAACGUGCCGCAGAAUUGGAUAAUCUCGAACUUAAGGAGAGCUUGCUUACAGUUUUUUCAAAGAUUUGCGUUGGAGAUUUGUCACCCAUGAAUGCCGCUAUCGGCGGUAUCGCAGCGCAAGAAGUAAUGAAAGCCUGUUCCGGCAAAUUCACGCCCAUCCAACAAUAUUUCUGCUUCGACGCUAUCGAAUGUUUGCCCGCAGAGGAUCCCGCUGAAGCUGAUUGUCAACCUCUCGGAUCGCGUUACGAUGCCCAAAUUGCCGUUUUUGGCAAAAAAUUCCAAGAGAAACUCGGCUCGUUGAAAUAUUUCGUUGUUGGUGCGGGCGCCAUUGGUUGCGAAUUGCUGAAAAAUUUCGCAAUGAUGGGCGUCGGAUCGAACGGAGGCACAAUUUUUGUCACCGAUAUGGAUCUCAUCGAAAAAUCCAACUUGAAUCGUCAAUUUUUGUUCCGGCCGCAUGACGUGCAGAAACCGAAGAGUAAAUGCGCUGCGGAUGCGAUCAAACGCAUGAAUCCCGAUGUGAAUGUCGUGGCGCACGAAAAUCGCGUGGGAUUGGAGACGGAAAAAGUUUACAAUGACGACUUUUUUGGGAAUUUGGAUGGCGUCGCAAAUGCUUUGGAUAACGUUGAUGCGCGAAUUUACAUGGAUCGUCGUUGUAUUUUUUACCGCAAGCCCCUUUUGGAGUCCGGCACGUUGGGCACUAUGGGAAAUAUUCAAGUUGUUGUCCCCAAUUUGACGGAAUCGUAUUCGUCGUCGCAAGAUCCGCCCGAGAAAAGCAUCCCGAUUUGUACUUUGAAGAAUUUCCCGAAUGCCAUCGAGCAUUGUUUGCAAUGGGCUCGCGACAUGUUUGAGGGAAUUUUCAAACAAUCGGCGGAAAAUGCGGCGCAAUAUAUCACGGAUCCGACUUUCAUUGAGCGAACUCUCAGUUUGCCGGGCGUUCAGCCGUUGGAAGUGAUGGAAAGUGUUCGUGCCGCGAUAAUCGAUGACCGUCCAAAAUCGUAUGAGGAUUGCGUAAAAUGGGCUCGUUUGCAUUUCCAGGAGCAAUAUUACAAUCAAAUUGCGCAGUUGCUCUUCAAUUUCCCGAAGGAUCAAACCACGUCGACGGGACAACUCUUUUGGUCGGGACCCAAACGAUGCCCGGAUCCCGUUCAGUUUGACGUCAAUGAUCCCUUGCAUUUGGACUACGUUUAUGCGGCGGCAAAUCUCAAGGCUGAAGUUUACGGAAUCCCUCAAGUGCGCGAUCGUGCAAAGACUGCUGAAAUUGUGAGCAAAGUUGAGGUUCCUCCUUUCGUACCGAAAUCCGGCGUUCGCAUUGCAGUAACAGACGCUGCUUUAGCUGCGGAGCAAAACAACGGCGACGGCUUCGAUUCGCAACGCGUGACUGAACUCCGAGAUCAAUUAGCGGCUUUGGGACGUCCCGAUUUCACCAUCACUCCGUUGGAGUUCGAGAAAGAUGACGACAACAACUUACACAUGGACUUUAUUGUGGCUUGUUCUAACUUGCGUGCGACAAAUUACAAGAUUCCUCCCGCAGAUCGUCAUCGUUCCAAAUUGAUUGCCGGCAAAAUUAUGCCCGCAAUUGCGACAACGACAUCUUUAGUUGCCGGUUGUGUUGGCUUGGAAUUGUAUAAAUUGGCUCAAGGAUUCACAUCGCUCGAUCGUUUCAAAAACGGUUUCAUCAAUUUGGCAUUGCCCUUCGUUACCUUCUCCGAGCCAAUUGCCGCCGCCAAGAAUAAAUAUUACGACAAAGAGUGGACUUUGUGGGAUCGCUUCGAGGUGAAAGGCGAAAUGACGCUCGCCCAAUUUCUCGAGUACUUCAAGAAGGAACACAAAUUGGAGAUUACGAUGUUGUCGCAGGGCGUUUGCAUGCUGUACUCGUUCUUCAUGCAAAAAUCGAAGCGCGAGGAGCGCAUGAACUGCCUGAUGUCGGAAGUCGUGAAGAAAGUGUCGAAGAAAAAGGUCGAGCCGCAUUUGCGUUCGCUCGUCUUCGAAAUUUGCUGCAACGACGAGGAAGGAGAAGAUGUCGAAGUCCCCUACGUACGUUACACCCUCCCAUAAAUCCGCAAAGAAAUGAGGAAAAACUUGAUUUGAUUGCGAUUUUGUGUCUAAGAUUAAUUAAUUAAAUAUUAUUUUUUUUUUCGAUUGAUUUUUUUUUCACGCUGAUCUUUGAUUUUUUUAACUAAUGAAAAAUUAUUUGUAUUUAUUAUUAAUUAAAACGCCUGUCACCGAAGAAUUUCUUUUUUUUUUUAAAUAUUUUUUGUAUCUUAAAAGUAGAGAAAAGGAAUCAAAUUUAUCAGGAAAAAUUCAAUUCCAUGCUAAAGUAGUGAACUAAAAAAAAAAUUUAAACUUAAAAAAAAUGAAUAAUCAGAUUUUUUCUUUCAAUAUCAUAUUUAUAGCAUAUAUGCGCAAGAAGCAUUAAAUAUAUUUAAAAAACGAAAAUAAAAAGGAUUGAUAGAAAAAUGGCAAAAAUGUGAAAAUUUUGAAUCCUAAGUACUUUGUAAAAGAGAACGUAAAAGUGAUGAUGGUCAAUAAAGAUUCAGUGAAUAAUG